AUGAGGAAGGAUGGUGGCAGGGGAAGUCCCGAGAAGUCGCCAGAAUCCUCGAGGAUGCUCUGGCUGGUGUUCCUCCUCGGCUGCGGUCGAGCGGCUCUGGUCCCGAAGGAAGACUUGCCUGGGGAGAACUUGCGAAGGAUACUGAAGGAGGUGAUCGUGGGAGACCUCCAUGAUGAUUGCCCUCUGUACGCCGCGAUCCCUGCGGAAGAAACGUGGGGAUUCCUUGGGGAAUCCCUCAACUCCAUUUACCUCUGGGAGCAGGAGCAGAAUUCUUCGUCGGUCGUCGCCCGGAUGGUCAAGAACUCUCUGGGCCAGGCUUGUGCCGCCUUUUUCAUCAGUGUGAACCGGUCCCAACUUCUAGAUCUGAACCAGGACCCAGGUCUUCAGGAAGAUUUAUUUCCCUCCAAAUGGAAGAAAUUUCUCUUGAUCCGAGACGAGUCCCCAAGACACAUUUGGCACCUUCCCGGAUUGAACCGCAGCAUCAAUACUUACACAUUUCAGUUAUGGAGUCAAAGUCUGACACUGAGCACCGUCUGCCUCUAUUGUCGACAAGGGAACACCACCCACGAGAAACUGAAAGCGUGGAAUCUGAAUCGUCCACUGCCGAGAAUUGAGGCUUUGAAACUGCCGAUGUCAUUCCGGGAUCAAUUCUACGGGAAGCGCGUGGUGGUACCCAUGAGGAACCUUCCACCUUAUGGCUACCUGGUUGACUCCGCCAACGGCACCCAGACGUAUGAAGGAUUGGACGGGCGGGUCCUCCGUGAACUGGCACGAAAGUUCAACUUUGUCCCGGAGUUCCUCCGCAUCGAGACGGUGUCCGAAGUACCUCGGAACGACAUGGUGGCAGCGAGAACAGCAGAUUUCGUCAUUUCCGGAUCGACCAUCGGGACCCGCAAGGAUCUCACCUUGACCUCGUACAUGGCGGUUCCAGGCUACGAUCUACCGGUGGACAGCCUGCAAGACAUUGAAGAUAGGGAAAUCGUAUGUUAUAAUGUAGUUGGAGUCCCCAUCUUCGACAACCUUUACGACAACAAUCCAAAGGUGAAAGCCAGGCUAAGAUAUUAUUCUAAUGACGGUCGCGAUCCUUACUGGACCUUGACUCCAUACAGAGCGAUGGUCAAAGAACCAGGUAAAUAUUGCACCGCCACAGGAAGAUCCGUUUCCAGCAGCGCAUUCAAUCGAUUCCUCAUGAACGCUCAAGGACGGAUCCCCUUUCACGUGUCGAAGCAGAACGCGAACAUGAUGCUGAAGGUGAUGAUCCUUCAACGGCAUUGCCCGUAUGAGGAGGCUUUCAACGACGCUAUUCCUUCGUCUUGA